UGAGGCCGCGGUGAGGGCGGCGAUGGACGGGUCGCUGUCGCUGUCCCUGGACGUGGCCGCGCUGGAAGUGAUGGAGGCGCUGGAGCUGCUGCAGCAGCGGCGGGAGCAGCUGGAGCAGCACCUGCGGCAGGGGUGGCUGUCCCUGGCUCAGGCCCGUUACUCCCUGGGCUGUCACCGCGUCUCGUCCCUGCAGUACGGGGCCACCAUGGUGCCCCGGGUCCGUGUGUGCCACAGGCAGGACCCAGAGGGACGCCCCCACUUUGAGGAGGUGCCUGGAACGGGGGGGGACCCCGAGGACCCCGACCCCCAGCAGGGGGGGGGUGACGGGCUGCGGCAGCGCCGGGGAGCCCCUGAAAAAGGGGGGACCCCCAGCCGGCCCCCCCCAGACCCCCUGGGCUGGUUUGGGGUCCUGGUGCCCCCCAGUCUGCGGCAGGCCCAGGGCAGCUUCCAGAAGGGGGUGACGCUGGCCGUGGAGGUGGCCGAGCUCCAGGCCACCAUGGAGGCUGCGGCCGCCCGGUACCGGCAGCUCCUGCGGCAGAAACGUCACCUGGACGGGGACAGCGGGGACAGCCAGAGCUCCACAGGAACCCCUGGGGACACCAAGGACACUGAGGGCGACACAGCGACAUCAGUGACUGCGUGACACGAGGACACGUCUGCAGGUGACACAACUGCCACUGGUGACACCGAGGACAGCAGCACCUGCCUGUGGGUGACACUGAGGUGACACCAGGUGACACUGAGGACUUUGCAGGUGACACCAAGGCCCGCACGUGACUGAGGGGGGUCCCCCAUGUCCCCACCCCCAAUAAAGCCACCCUGGUGCCACCACAGGGUCAUUUGUCACUGGUGUCUGGUGCCAGCUGUCCCAGUGCCACCAUGGCCAUUGU